AUGCUUGGUGUCUCGAGAAUUCUGUACGGUGGUAGUGUUGCCGCUAGAAUGUGUAGAAACUAUCUUCCAUGUCGUUGGUUCGCCUCCAUGACGACGUCGCAGUCAUUCUCGGGCAUAAGAAAUGAUGAUAGGAAACAGUCAGCCAAUAAAUGCGCUAAGCUGAUCAACAGAAAUAUCAUUCGAGUGAGUGGGAGAGAUGCCAGUGAUUUACUGCAAGGUCUCAUCACAAACGACGCAAGUUUGUUGACUCGUCAGAACCCAUCACUUUAUACCAUGCUACUAAAUCAACAGGGCAGAGUACUUUAUGAUGCAAUUAUUUACGGUAUUUACAAAGAGGGCAAUGACGAAGCAGUUUAUUUGGUCGAAUGUGAAAACGAAUUGGCACCAGAGUUACAAAAACACAUGAAAAUGUUCAAAAUACGCAAAAAAGUAGACAUUUUAAAUGUAUCAUCAGAAUACGAAGUCUGGGCUGCGUAUGAAGUCUUUGGUAAAGUUGAUUACCCUACUUCCAUGGUUAACGAGUCAAUAUGUGUGGCUGAUCCAAGAUUAUCGACAUUUGGGCGCAGACUGGUUGUCCCGAAAAAUACCAAUCUUCCAGAAUUGAUUCCGGGGUUAACUGAAAUGGAUGUUCAUAACUACCAUACACAUCGUUACAUACAUGGCAUUUGCGAAGGCAGUAAUGACUUGCCUGUAGGUAAUGCUUUGCCACUAGAAUCCAACUUGGAUUAUAUGAAUGGAGUGAGUUUCCAUAAAGGUUGCUACCUUGGACAAGAAUUGACUGCACGAACCCAUCACACUGGAGUCAUCAGAAAACGACUCAUGCCGGUGACUCUCACUAACUACGAAAAUGAUGCCAUCAUCAACGGCAACACAACUGUCAGCACUAAAAAUGGAAAAAAUGCUGGAAAAUUUCGCAACCACAUUGGAAUAUAUGGUUUAGCACUUUUAAGAAUUGCACAUACCCAAGGCAUCCUUACAGUUCCUAGUGCAGAUGGGAAUCUAAUAACGCUAGAGCCAUCAGUACCAAAAUGGUGGCCUCAUCAGUCUAUGGACUCUAUACCAAAACUACACAGUGAACAGUUCUCAGCUGGGUCUGAAAUGAAGAAUUGA